GAUGCACAAAACAUGGAAGUGUCUACACCAGUACCCCCAAUAAAUCCGGAAGGAAAUGAUGAGGACGAGACUCCAAAGAACACUGUCUCUAGAAAUGGUGGUUUCCUGCAGAAUGCAGUUGGGCAAGACCUAGUCCAUCUUGGCGUUGCAAGAACAGCAAGUGGUUGCCCUUCGGCUGUCGCUUCCGGUGUUAGCACCAGAUACCAGCACAACAGAAUGGAUCUUGAUCCAGCAUCCAGCAGCGUGGAUAAUUUCAAAACACCAGAACUUACAAAAGAAAACGGUCUCGAGGAGGAUGGGAAAGGAGAGAGUAGUAUGUAUGAUGAGAGGCAACCUAAGAGAAGGAAGCGUACCCUUAUGAAUAAUGAGCAAAUAGAUGAAUUAGAGAAGGCUCUAGUAGAUGAGCCUGAGAUGCACAAAAACCCUGUUCUAUUGCAGAGUUGGUCAGAGAAGUUAAGUCUGCAGGGCCCAGAGAUCACAACAUCACAACUUAAAAACUGGUUGAAAAAAAGUGUUGUAUGCAAAUUCUGACGAGGGUGAUAUAUAAUACUAUAAUCCUAAGUCUGACAGCCUAAAUAACCUGGUUCUAAGCUCCUGUUUGAUCUUUUUUUUUCUAUACCUUUUAUGCAAAUCUGAACAGUUGUUUUUACACAACUGAACACCUUUUUAAUGUGAGAUAUUGAGCAUUAUAAUUGUUAGUAUAUUAGGUUAGAGUAAAUUAGUUACCAAGCUAGGCAGCCCCGCUCCGGUAUUUAUCUCCACGGAUGAAAAGGGGACGCAGCUAUGUCAUUACAUUCUAUAGAUGCUGAAGCAUUUAUUUUCAUGAUUGAAUUUU